GGCAACGUACUUCCGGGGCGGGAACACCCAAAUGGCGCCAGAACCAGUAGCGGGUUGAACCAUGGUUCCGGGCCUCUAGUCCUAUUCUGGACAUGGAGGAUGUGGAGGUGCGCUUUGCUCACCUCUUGCAGCCCAUCCGGGACCUCACUAAGAACUGGGAGGUGGACGUGGCGGCACAGCUGGGCGAGUAUCUGGAGGAGCUGGACCAGAUCUGCAUUUCUUUUGAUGAAGGCAAAACCACAAUGAACUUCAUUGAGGCAGCACUGUUGAUCCAGGGCUCAGCCUGUGUCUACAGUAAGAAGGUGGAAUACCUCUACUCGCUGGUCUACCAGGCUCUCGAUUUUAUUUCUGGCAAGAGGCGAGCCAAGCAGCUCUCUUUAGUGCAGGAAGAUGGAAGCAACAAGGCUGUCAACUCGGGGACUCCCUGUGAAACAGAGGAUGAAUUCCUGUCACUGGAUGACUUCCCCGAUUCGCGGACUAAUGUGGAUCUGAAAAAUGACCAGGCAUCCAGUGAGCUGCUUAUCAUACCCCUGCUGCCCAUGGCCCUGGUGGCCCCUGAUGAAGUGGAAAAGAACAGCAGCCCCUUGUAUAGCUGUCAGGGUGAUGUCUUGGCCAGCCGGAAGGAUUUCAGGAUGAACACGUGUACUCCCAACCCCAGAGGCUGCUUUACGUUGGAUCCAGUGGGAGUAGAGCCUGUGGAGCCUGUGGAGCCAUACCCCAUGUCAAGGAGCCAGAAAGAUACUAAGGAUGUUGAGGCGCAGCCAAUGGACGUGUCUAGGAAUGGGAGUCCUGUUCCUCUAUUCAGUAUCAACGACGACGACGAGCCAGAUGGCCCAGUGCUCAGCGGUGGAGAUGAGGAUGCAGAGGAUGCAGCAGAGCUCCCGGAGGUUGCUCAAGAGCCUGCAGAGCCCAGGACCUCAGAGCAGAGUGCCAUCCUGCCAAGGAGAUACAUGCUGCGGGAACGACAAGGGGCCCUGGAACCUACCUCCCGGCUGCAGGAGAGCCCAGACCCCUGGCAGAGCCUAGACCCUUUUGACUCCUUGGACUCCAAGCUUUUCCAGAAAGGGAAACCGUAUUCUGUGCCACCGGGCGUGGAGGAGGCUCCAGGACAGAAACGCAAGAGGAAAGGUGCCACCAAGUUGCAGAACUUCCACCAGUGGUACCUGGAUGCCUAUGCUGAACAGUCUGACGGCAGGAGGGCUCGGCGGAAGGGCCCAACCUUUGCAGACAUGGAAGUCCUGUACUGGAAACGCGUAAAAGAACAGCUCGAGACCCUUCAGAAGCUGCGGAGACGUAAGAUAACCGGGAGAUGGCUACCUGGGGCCAAGCAGGAUCUGUGGCCUACAGAGGAGGAUCGCUUGGAAGAGUCCCUUGAAGACCUAGGGGUAGCAGCAGAUGACUUUCUAGAGCCUGAAGAAUAUGUAGAGGAGGCUUCGGGGGUGAUGCCUGCGGAAGCUGCUGACCUUGAUGCAGAGGCCAUGCCAGAGUCCCUGAGAUAUGAGGAGCUGGUCCGAAGAAAUGUGGAACUCUUCAUUGCCACCUCCCAGAAGUUUAUCCAGGAGACGGAGCUGAGCCAACGCAUCAGGGACUGGGAAAACACCAUCCAGCCCCAGCUCCAGGAGCAGGAACAGCAUGUGGCCUUUGAUAUCCAUACCUAUGGGGACCAGUUGGUUUCACAGUUCCCCCAGCUCAAUGAAUGGUGUCCCUUUUCAGAGCUUGUAGCUGGGCAGCCUGCUUUUGAGGUGUGCCGCUCCAUGCUGGCCUCCUUGCAACUGGCUAAUGACUAUACAGUGGAGAUCACUCAGCAGCCAGGACUGGAGGCAGCUGUGGACACAAUGUCUCUGAGACUACUCACACACCAGAGAGCCCACACCCGCUUCCAGACCUAUGCUGCCCCAUCCAUGGCCCAGCCUUGAGUGGAGAGCACUGCGGUAGGGGUGGAAGUAUACACCUGGAAGUCUUUGCCCCUAGUAUGCUAUGGGACCAUUCGCUCCAGUGCUGCCUCCUGGCUGGCCUACCCUAAUAAAGUGUUGUUACC